GACAACAACUUUUAAAUCCCCCCACAAAAAUGGAGGCUUUGGGAGGUUUUUCUGAUGGGGAAUGGGAGUCUUUCGCCGCCAUGUUCUCAUCGGAGGAGGUAGAUCAGUCCCAUAUUCCGAUCGCGAAUCAUUCCAGUCCUUCCACUGAGCUUCAAUUGCCCAACAAUGGCGGCAGCAGCUGGUUCUAUUCAUUGGACGCUUUUGUUCCCAAUUUGCAGAGUUAUUGCGUCAAACAGGACACGAGGAGCUGCAGUAGCUGCAUUACUACUGAUAAUUCCCAUGCUGCCUUUUUGUUUCCCAACUCUACUGAUUUCUUUACGCCAAUUGACGAGGGGAAUCUUGGGUCCUCGUGUUUUUCUGAUGUUUUAAUCGAGGAAGUGGAUAAGGCUCUCGACACCGCCGCCGCCGGUGAAGACUCUAGCACUGAGAGAUUCGUCGAGAUUAAUGUAGUACAAGGUAACUACCCAGCACUGCCGCCGCCAUCGCAGCUCGUAGAUUCCACUGGUGCCGCGAAGGAACCAAUGGCACUGAAAAGGAAAGUCAAUAACGAAGAUAUUUCUGAUAAUCAGAACAAGAAAACUCGGGUUUCAGCAGAUGGGCAGAAGAAGAAGAAAACAGAGGAAAGAAAGAAAAAUGAGAAGAGAAAAGGGAAGAGUGUGGAAGAAGAAGGCAAUGCGGGUGGAGCAUCAGAAGGGCAGUGCUCCAUUAGUUACAGUUCCGAUCAGGAAGAAAAUGGUUCACAGGAGGGCCAAGGCGCCACCUCCGACGGCGGCUUGACCAGGAAGGGCAGAGCAAGCAGAGGGUCGGCCACAGAUCCCCAAAGCCUCUACGCUAGAAAACGAAGGGAGAGAAUCAACGAGCGACUAAGAAUGUUACAGAAACUUGUUCCCAAUGGAACCAAGGUUGAUAUCAGUACCAUGCUUGAAGAAGCUGUUCAUUACGUCAAGUUUUUGCAGCUCCAAAUCAAGUUAUUGAGCUCAGAUGAGCUGUGGAUGUUUGCUCCUUUGGCAUACAAUGGAUUGGACCUUGGGCUUCACCAGAAGCUCUCUCCAUUUGGAUCACCUUGAGAGACAUAUUUGUUUCCAUCUUUACCCUUGUAAUGUGCAAUUAACACCAUAUAAAUUUGAUUAAAUUCAAGAUUUAGAUUAUUUAGAGGCUUUGGAGCCCACUACAAAGUAAUGCAGCCCAAUAGUGAUCCAGCCCAAUAAGUAAAUCCAGCCCACUAAGUAAAUCCAGCCCAACAACCGUGAUUGGGUAAAACGAUGUCGGGAUUAAUGAUUGGAAGGGCAGCAGAAGUGUGGAAUUUUGACCUCUCAAUGCAUGCGUCUAGU